GCCAGGCUGUGACGGUAGUGGUUUCCGGACGUUUCCCCCUCUCCCCCCGCCCCCCAUCUCUCAGCGUCGCCUCUGAACUGCAAAGGCUGCGGGAGGCGAGAGGCGUUGAGCGCGCAGGCAUCACGGCUGCGGGUCCUGAGGAGGCAGAUCCGGGACCACAGUGACCGGCGUGCCUCUGUUUCACUGCCCCGCGGUGCCAGUGCUGUCCCAAGAGAAGAUGGGAAAGGGCUGCAAGGUUGUCGUUUGUGGGUUGUUGUCUGUUGGGAAAACUGCCAUCCUGGAGCAACUCCUUUAUGGGAAUCAUACUAUCGGCAUGGAGGACUGUGAGACAAUGGAAGACGUGUACAUGGCCUCAGUGGAGACAGACCGCGGGGUGAAGGAGCAGCUCCACUUAUAUGACACGCGGGGCCUGCAGGAAGGCGUGGAACUGCCAAAGCAUUACUUCUCUUUCGCUGAUGGCUUUGUUCUGGUGUAUAGUGUGAAUAACCUUGAGUCCUUUCAAAGAGUGGAGCUUCUGAAGAAGGAAAUUGAUAAAUUCAAAGACAAGAAAGAGGUGGCAAUUGUCGUGCUGGGAAACAAACUCGACCUUUCUGAGCAGAGACAAGUGGACGCUGAAGUGGCACAGCGGUGGGCGAAAAGCGAGAAGGUGAAACUGUGGGAGGUGACGGUGACGGACCGGAGGACGCUGAUCGAACCCUUCACUUUACUAGCCAGCAAGCUCUCCCAGCCCCAGAGCAAAUCCAGCUUCCCUUUGCCCGGCAGGAAGAACAAAGGGAACUCCAAUUCUGAAAACUGAGUCAAAUCUUGAAAUGUCUGUAGCAUAGCAGAGUUAUGAUUUAACAUGGCCCUUUACAAAACCACCUCCAGGCCUAAGUGGUAAUUCAAUGCACUUUACAUUAUAAUUAACUUAUUGGGCUUAUUUAUUACUGUUAGACAUACUUUAUCUUUGUUAUUUAUGUUGUACUUGUCAUGAAUAGUAAAAUAAAAUAUGGAAUGUAUGCGAUGUUCCGUGGGAACCUUCCAACCUGUCAGGAACUGUCAUAAUCACUGUAAUUUCAUGCAGAUUCCUCACUGUGAACAUAACUUCAAAAAGGCUUAUUCCGGUAUGUCUAGGAUGUGUGUGUGCAGCCAACUCUCUCCUUCCAUCUAUGCCUAAGUUCCAGGGGCUGAACUCAAGCCGCUGGACUUGCAUGGCAAGCACCCUUUCAGUAGCGAAGGCUGAGUAGGACUGGAAAGAUUGGUCAGUAGUUAAGACUGCUGCUCUUGCAGAAGACCCGGGUUCAAUUGCUAGCACUUACACGGUGGCUCACAACCACCAGUAACUGAUUCCACGGGAUCCAGUGUCCUCUUUUCGCUUCUUCAGGUACUGCAUGCACUGAGAGGACAUGAACACAGCUGGGCCAGGGUUGUUCUUAAUAUUGUUUAUUAGCACAGUAACAAAUGCAGACGUAAGAAGUCUAAAACACAUAACCAGUCCACUGAGCAGUUCCUAUUUCACGCCUACGGUUAACACGGCUUAAGGUAUUUCACUACAGGGUUCCACAAAUCCUGAUUCAACCUUUAAAGUAACUGCAUAUGAAAUAAAAUACACGAACUACUCGUUUCCUA